CAUACUUGAAGUAGAUUACCGCAAGCAACUAAUUUUCAGAACAAAAAGCAAUACUGUCCGUAGACUAUCAACUACCAACCCUCAAGAUAUCCACCUGCGAGGUACAUACCCACACGCAAUACCUAGCGAUUCUAUCGACUGCAAUAAGGCCCGGGCCCCCGAUUACUGGAAUUUUGAUAACCUGCCUUGACCCCUCGUUGAGAGAAAUGACAGAGAUAUGUAAUUCCAUGAUUCUCGACGUUGGCUGGUUUAGGGCUUUUGUCAACUUACCAAAUUGGGGCUGGUAGACCAGGCGAGGAAUACUUCAGGCAGCAGUCGUGAGUGUUUAGCAUCCCAACUGCCCACGAACAUACCACAUCAAUAUUACACACCGGUCAUAUCCAUGUUCUGGACAAGAUGGUGAUUAUACAAUGCCCCUUUAUGGGUUAAUGCCUCCACCCACAUGUUCAACACCAUUCGCGCAAAAAAUGCGCAAUGUCUCGCUCUGGCAACAUCGCUGUACAUUCGUAACGGCUCGCUAAAUCUGGCUCCAUCCUAUGGCCCUAUCGUUAUUCUAUGACAGCUUUUGUACAAACAACAGCUGUUUUUGCUGUGCUUUCUUGUCAUAUCCUGCUCUUAGACCCCUUUAAUCACCACACAAAGAAAUGUAUCCCAAACACCUGCCCCGUCUUUCUCAAAAGCAGUGGCAUUCGUCUCCGUGGCAAUAUUGUCAGUUUAUCACGAUGCACAUCGGACUUGACAGCACUACCCCCAGGGAUGAUUAGGCCGAGCAUACCAUCGGCUGGUUUUUCUGGUUAUGCCGCCGACGUCAAACCAGCUGUACCUCACCUCAGCCAUUCUCCCGGCAAACAGACUCCAAAACGGUUCCACAAACAGAAUCUGUGAAAUCUAUACAAUUGGCGCAAUCCACAUGGCCCUGAAAAUGGGUAUUCUCUGUGACAGUACGUAGACCCAAACAAACCAUCCACUUUCUGAUAUGAUGGCUCAAUAUAAUUCAGACCCGAGAGAAUGUCGGAUGUUUUGUUCCAGAGCCUCAGAGCUAAUGAUGCUCCCAACUUCAGUAGGAGGGAACGGAUUCGAUUGUUUGGUUUUCGCAACAUUUCCUUCGCUUUGCUCCCUCUGAACUGCUUGGGAAUUGUCCCCCCAGGCC